AUGUUCAAGUCGUUCUGGGGUUCUCAGGAGCAACAAGCUCAGCCACAUCCACAAGAAAUUUCUACAGAUUCGUGGUACCCACCAUCUGUUGUCAGUUCAACCAGUUCUUCACGUCCCACAACACCCACUGCCAGCUCAUCCAGCAACUUAAGCAUACCAAGGCCCCCAGAUCGAUCAAACUCUAUGUCAAAUAUUUCUCCUGCAGAGGCUGCAGGUAUCAUCGCUCUGUUGAAAGAUAAAAGCCUUGAUGACCUUCGGAAGCUUUUGUCUGACAAGGAUGCGUAUCAAAACCUCUUCCAUUCACUCGAACCUGUCAAAACUCAAAAUAGGGUGAGAGAUGAACUUCGGAACGAAACACUGCAACUUACUAGAGCGAAUCUGGAAAAAGAACCACAGAUAAUGGAGCUCAGGAAUCAGUGCAGAAUCAUCCGCACAACUGAGCUGGCUACUGCCCAAGAAAAGUUACAUGACUUAGAGAGGAAGAAAGAGGAGAUUCUGAAACUUUAUUCCCCGGCAUCACUCCUCCAUCGACUUCAAGAGGCAAUGAAUGAAACAGAAGAGGAAUCUGAGGCCCUCCACAGGCAGCUUCUUGAUAGGGAGAUUGAUCUUAUAUCUUUUGUACAAAAGUACAAGAAGUUGCGCAACAUGUACCAUAAGCGUGCACUUACCCAUCUUGCUGCAAAGACAUCUAUAACCAAGCAGUGA